AAGAGACGGGCGACGUGCUCGAUCAGCCAACCACUGCCCUGCGAGCGGCCUGUGCAUCCUGUGGGGGCUGGAAACGCCAGUCUGCCUCCUCAUCUCUACUCCCAGGCCCCGAUUGGACGAAACUAGCCCCGCCGCGUGUUCGCACCGCAUGUUGAAUCCUGCCCCCUGAGUUUGCCUGAUAAAACGCGGAUGGUACCGUUUCCCCCACUAAUUCGGAGCGUCAAGUGAAUAAAGCAGGUAGUAUGCAACAUGUUCCCGUACGUACCGGCAAGCCCCCUGACGAGGAGGGCGGAGAAUUAUGCCUACUUGCGACAGCUCUGGGAGCUUCAGGAGGGCCACACUGAAUUUAAGCAGGAGACACCAGAGCACACGGAACAGGAAACCUCGUCAAGCGCGGGAAGACCGGUAUCUGAGCAGGCCAGCCUACGGCUCCAUCACAGCGGAAGCGAAAGCGGAUCGCAAGGCCGCAGGCAACAGUCGAAACUAGCCCGAAUCUUCAUCCCUGCCAGACUUCAGAAGACAAGGUCUCUGGGGGAUGGAAGUGGUGAUCAUCAUAACGGCCAUUCCCCUUGCAUCUCACCCCCGUUGCUCUCUUCACCAACCUCGACUGCUCCUGGGUCAGAAACAACAACGGAUACUGCCUCAACAACGGCUAGUAGCGUCGCGGACCCGGCGAAGCAUAUCUUUCGCUCCUGUGCGGACGCCCUGGCGAACCCAUUCUCCCGUCUUUUCGAGUUGAAUCCUCUCCUCCUCAAUAUCCCCCACCCGCUGCUGUCCGAGGCUCACCCGGGGAAUCGUAACCUCAGGGUCCUUGACUUUGGUGGCAUUGAAGAGAACGUGUACACACAGGCGAUCAGUCGACUACCACACGUUGAAGUAUCUCACUUCACAGAGGCCCAAUUGUUCACCAGUCAUCCACCCUAUCUACCCUUCGACUCAAAUAACUUCGACGUGGUCACCACGCGGACGCUCUAUAAACUACUGUCCAAUCCUCUUCAUUCUCAAAACCCCGAGCCAGCAUCAUGGGUUCGACAAGUUCACCGCGUGCUGAAAAAGGGCGGCAGCUUCGAGUUUCUCUUUUUUGACAGUCAUCUUAAGCAUGCGGGACCACUGACAAGAGAAAUGGAGCCCUUUCUGUACGAGGAGCUGCCGCCAUUCUGUACCUGUAGUAGCGCCCGGACAGAAUCACCGUGCUCCUGCUCUUCUCUCGCGGGUCCAAGCAAUACAGACACUAUGACUGGAGCUCGCUUUCUCGAACUCCUUUCCCAAGAAGGGUUCGUGACGGAGAAGAGCACGACGCUGAUGUUUCCACUAACUCUUCUUUCUUCAAUUUUCACGCGAGAUGGACAGCGUCUUAAAGACGAUGCUCAGAGUCACCAUGUCAGUAUGACUCCGCUGCUUGUUUCACUCUUGAAGACUAUCGAUGAGGAGUGCAAAACAUCGCAAACUGCUUGGCGGUGUAUCAUAGGAUACGCGCGGAAACAAUAGCGGGCAGGGGACCAGCAUGAGGACAAUGUAUUCUACAGUCUGAAACGCGCUUAACGAAUAAUGAGGCCUUGUGAAGUCUAGGCUUAGGUACUCAUCAGAAGAGCAUGGGCUUUAAAUCAUUCUCAAUACAUGAAACCAGAAAUUGAAUCGCGAGGCCCAUGAGACGGCAAUUAGGAAUGCCGAAUGCAACUUGUACCGACAUUCGCAAUAUUCCUCCCUCGCAGUACUACAGCAGGCGUUCCUUCUACCACAAAUAUUGGCAUAUGUAUGUGUACUAGCCAACAGCCUGACUGUUCAAGGAUACUAGCAGCGGAUUCAAGCUACCAUAUCCUAAUGAUUUACAAAGCC